AUUUAUUCUAUUUCUAAAGUCAGUUGAAGCUUGUCUCUCGAGUUGGAACCAUGCAAUACACUGUGAUUAUUACAUAUUAGUGAUUAGUGCAGGGGAUAAUCAAAAUAAUUUAUAUAUUUUGUUAACAACCAUGAGACUGAUUAUCGGUAUCUCGCCAAUUAUCACAAUCCUAUGGAUUUUGAUUACGAGUAACCUAGUAUGGAGCAAAAGGCUAUUGAUCAUUACCCCAGCUCCAUCCUACAGUCAUCAGAUAGUGUUUCGGGCGAUAAGUCUUGCUUUGAAUAAGCGAGGACACGAGAUAGUAACACUGACUCCUAAUAUCUUGAACGAUCCUAGCAUAACUAAUUAUACGGAAAUAGACUUUGGUUUUAUAUAUGAAAAAAUUGACGACACUGACCUGAGCCAGACCCGUUGGAAUCUCACACAAUUAGCGGGAUUAAAAACGAGAUUACUAAAGCUAGGUCAUAACAUCGCCGAGGAUGUUCUUAGCCAUCCUGAUCUCAUCAAGUAUUAUGCGAAUGGAACUGAUGUGCAAUUUGACGCGGUGAUAGCGGAGAUGAUUAUGACUCCUGCGAUUUACAUGCUGGCGCAUAGAUUUAAUGCACCUUUAAUAGGUAUCAUGUCCAUGGACUUACAAAACUGCCACCGUUUCACUCUUGGUAGUCCCGUGCUGCCAUCGCAUCCCUCGAAUUGGGAGCUCGAAAAUUUGACAGGAUUAAAUCAACCAUUUUGGAGGCGAUUGGUGAAUUUUGUCAAUACUUGGUGGAGCAUACAUUCAUGGUUUAAUAAUUUCGUGAGCAAGCAACAAAAAAUCGCCGAAAAGUAUCUCGGCAAUGAUAUACCGCAAAUCAUCGAUGUUGCGAAGAAUAUGAGUCUUAUCUUGAUCAAUCAAGAACCGCUGCUCGCUUACGCAAGACCCGAAGUACCUAAUAUCGUUCACUUCAGCGGACUGCACAUCGCAAAGACACCGCCGUCGUUACCAAAAAAUUUAAAAAAUUUCUUGGAUGGUGCAACAAACGGCUUCGUUUACAUGAGCCUGGGAUCGAACACAAAAAGCAAAUUAUUGCCGAAGAAAAUACUGGACGUCUUUGUGAACACUUUUACCAAUUUGCCGUACAAAGUGCUGUGGAAAUUCGAGAACGAUAGCUUCCACGUUCCGUCAAAUGUUUUUAUCUCGAAGUGGAUCCCGCAACAGAAUGUGCUGGCUCAUCCGAACAUCAAGCUCUUCAUUUAUCAAGGCGGACUGCAGAGUACCGAAGAAGCGGUUCAUUACGCCGUCCCGCUCAUAGGAAUGCCGUUUGUCUUCGAUCAGGUGUACCAAGUUAUGAAAAUGGUUUCUCUGGGAGUUGCAAAAUACCUAGACGUAGUCCGGCUUACGACAUCGGAAUUGCGCGAUACCAUACUGGAAGUCGUCGAUGAUAAAGGAUACAAAGAUAGGAUGUUGGCGCUACGUGCUCUCACAAAGGACAAGCCUUACGAUAGCUUAGAGAAUGUUAUAUGGUGGAUCGAGUUCGUAAUGCGUCACAAUGGCGCACCUCAUUUACGUUUCAAUGGAGUCGAUACCGCGUGGUAUCAGCAAUUCGAUUUAGAUAUCAUUGUAUUCCUCACGAUAACAUCAUUCCUAGUUUCAUGCGUUAUUUUAGGCACUGUAGGAUGGGCUUCGAAGCAAGUUUAUACGUAUUAUGAUAUAGGCAAUCGAUGCACAAUACGUAAGUGGAUUGGAAGUAAGAUGAAAACAGCGUGAUCAAACUGUAUAAUUGAAAGAGCAUCUCCGAAUCGUCGUUAUGUAUUUUUUUCCCUAUUCGUCUGUACGAGCUUGAGCGUAAUUUGGUUUAGCAAUAGAAUUGUUUUGGAAAUGCCGAAGCUAUGCGAAAUAGUCGCGGAAAUGUACCUCUUUUAUCCCUCGAGCAUUUGCAUGUGAAUUUUACAGUGCUCAUUUAUACGAAAAAUAGAGAGGCGUGCUGAAAGUCGGAGAAAGUGAGGGAGGGUAAAUUUCGGCACAGUGGAAAAUGCUGUAAAUAUAAAACUGGCGGUUGAAUGAAAUGGGUUUUGUAAACGUGCAAAAUUGCAUCCCGAGGUCCAUUAUGCUCAUUUGCUCGUGGAAUUACGAGAUAUAAAAGGUAAAGAAAAAAAAAAUAAAAAAAAAGAAAAAAGCAGAGAAGC